AUGGUGAUCAAUGGUGGAUUCGAUAUCCCGCACGUGGAAGCUGAGGUGUUUGUCGAUCAGCAGUAUGUGCUUAAACACCGCAAACAGAACCGGAAAACGGACCGCCAACCACGAUCAUCUGUACACUUGAGGGUGUACGAUGCAGAUGCAAUGACACCAUUUGCAAAGACACUUCAACAACAGAAUCUCAUCGCAUCGUACGAAUUAGGAUAUCAACCAAACUAA